UAUUUGCGCUGAUCUAAUAGCAAAUUUUAGAAACCGUAGCGUAACUUCUCUAAUCGUAACUGAGGCGUACUUGGUGUGAUGGACCUAAAACGUAAAAGGAACGUAAAAGAACAUGUUGAAUUUGCAGACCAAAUGAGUACAAACUACAGUCGGUCUACAUUUCAGAGACUUAUUAACCAAACUGAUGUCCACCUCGCUCGAGUUGACAAGCAUCUUCUUGUUUUUAAAGCAUUCUAUUUCUUCUUCUAUAGUUCAUUGGCGACAACAUUCCCGUUCCUGUCAUCAUACUUUCGACAAAUUGGUUUCUCAUCGUAUCAAGUUGAUGUCCUGGUGAGCGUUCGCCCAUUUUCACAACUCCUUUUAAGUCCCUUGUGGGGAGUUCUUGCUGAUCGUUAUUUGCCAAAGAAAAUGAUGCUCCAGUUUUGCACUUUUGUGUGGCUUAUAGGAACCAUUUCAUUGGCCUUUGUUGAGCCCACUGGUCAGAUGUGCCAGCUAGUUUCUCUCAACGAAACUGACUCGAAAGUUAUAAACUCCACUGAGAUGCAGACAGGAUUCUUUCGGCGAAGGCGAGUCAGUGAGUAUUUUACAAGACGAUCAAAACUUUUUCCUAGGAAUCUCCUAGACGACUUACGUAGUACCACUGACUUUGACAGUGUUGAGGUACAGAUAUCAUCUGGUUCGGGAUCACCUCAAGAAAGUGAAGUAUCAGGAAGUGGAACUGAAAAUAUACUUGACCCUAAAAGAGAACCUAACAUUACCAGUAACAACAAGACUCGCAGCAUCACCACAAUUUCAGUCUCUUAUCUCAAGUCAAAACCCAAAGAACCACUUAAUCAGAUCCAGUUCAACUUUACCACAAGGAAUGAGCUGAGGGAAAACACUUCUCGGCUUCAUCAUAUAUUUGUUGGCGCUUUAGCUCUGGUAGUUUUCGAGGAAAUAUUCUUAUGUCCAGUUUUCUUCAUGGCUGAUGCAGUGUUACUCACAAAGCAAGUGGAGGAGGAUACAGCUGUGUAUGGAUAUCAAAGGCUAUUUGGUUCAGUAGGCUACCUCAUCCUUUUCCUCAUUACCGGGAUCUUAGUUAAUAAUUCUCAGCGGCAAAUGUGCGGCCACAUCUACUCCGACUACGUUAUCAACUUUUGCUUUUAUUGUGUAAUUACAAUCGUGAUGUUACUAGUCCUAGUCAAGUUCGAGAUACCACAAAGACCAGUUGAAGAUUUCCCCUGUGAGAGGCUCAAAAAUACUUAUAAAACAAAACAUUACGGAGCGUUUGCUGCGACUGUGACCUUCAUGGGCUUUUCACAUUCAGUGAUUCGAAACUUUCACGUCACAUAUCUUUCUGAGGCCAAAGGAGGGCAUGUUACGUCUACAAUAAUGUCAUUUGCCUUCCUUGGAGAGCCCAUUGGCUUUUUCUUGAGUCAUAAACUUAUACGUCAUAUGGGGGAUAUAAAUGUGAUAUUCACUGUUCUGGUGUCGUACAUGUUUAAUCAUUUUGCAUGCUCUUUCGUUACAAGUUCUUGGCAGCUCAUCCUUCUUGGCUUACUGGAAGGAUUCACAUUUGCCACUUCAUUUGUAGUAUGUACCACGUAUUUGGCGAAUUCUUCUCCACUGGACUGCCUUGCAACCGUACAAGGUGUGUUCCAGAGCAUCUACUGGGGUGUUGGUGGAAUUCUUGGCAUCGUGUUUGGUUUAAGUCUCACACGCGUAGCAGGGCCAACUAUUGCGUUUCGUCUUUUUACCAUGGGAACUGUCAUUUUUAUCAUAAUAUUCACCACGGGCCUGAAACAUCUCAAUUUUCGACAUCGCAAUUACUAUUCAGUAUUGCUGAACACUUUUCAAAUCUGCGUUGACAGCAAGAAAACUCAAAAAAAUAACUCAAGCUACACAAUUGACACCCAAGCAAAGGACAAGUUAAACGACCAGUGUCAGCAAGGUUCUAUCGGGGCCGCAGAGCCUGGGACAAGCGAUUCACGGACAGAAGACUGGGACAAGUAUUACUAGUCUCAUUAAUGCAAUUUUGUCCUUGUUCAAUGAUAUGUCACACAGACAGUUGCAUCUCAUUUCUUAUGAUCUGUGCUUUCGUCUCGUGAGCUUACCUCACUCAGUUUAACAAUUGAUUUCUUUGUUCGAUGAAUUAACUCCCUUAUUUUUUUUUUGAGGCAAUACAGCUUGCCGCAAUCCCGAAUCGAUACCUUUAAAGCAACAUCUUGACUAAUAAACAAUGUCGAUAUUUGAGGCUCAAAGCUUACAUGGUUUUGUUACUGCAUAAUUGCAAAAAUUAAAAUCAUCAAAAUCACAUGGAAACCCUGGCUUUUCACGGUGCACACAACGGUCGAUCGAUCCUAUCCGCCACCGACUGCUUAUGUAACAAUGAUCUUAGCUUGUUGUUUAGUCGCAUAGAGACGUUUUCCCCUUUACAUAACACAUAUUCACUGACUACAACAGAACAGAACUAGCUGGGUGCUUGCAUGAGCGCUCUUUCUCGAUGAUAUUGUAGCUAAGAGAUAUUCCUCACCUGUUAAUAUUUUGUGACUGAUUAAAAAGCUGAAUUGAGGUCUUAGGUGUCGCUAGGCAACAGUACAGUAGGUCUUGUUUGUACUACAUAACGCGUUUCGGACUUUUUUGGCGGAUCAAUAUGUUUAUUCAACU